GUUCCAUAUAAACCCGUGGCACCGUGCCACAACGACGUUCUCUACGACUGACUGCUACCGACCGGCUCGUCGCCACUACCAUCUUCUCGUCUUCCAUCUCCCAUCUCCAGCCCCGGCCUGAACCCAACCGAUCUCGACAUGGUCAACUUUACAAUCCUCGCGGGAGGUUACUCCACCUUCGUCGCGUCCUACCUCUUCAACACAGAUGCGUCCACGCUCACACUUCUCAACCAAUCGCCUACCGGCGCGAACCCCUCGUGGAUCACGCUCCACCCUUUCAAUAGCAGCAUCUUAUACGCCGUCAAUGAAAACUCACAGGGAGGGCUCCAAUCGUUCUUGGUGGGACCGCAGGGCGCGUUGAAUGGCCCGUUCGACCAGACAAGCUCGGGCGGCGACAGCCCCGCAUUCACAGUGGCGCUCACGACGGGCCAGGUGGGCAUCAUGAACUACGGCUCCGGCAACGGAUUCGUGAUCCCGACGUCGCCCGACGCGCUGCACUUUGACGCAGACGCCGCCACCCUCAUCACAUUCCCUGCCCCCGUGUCCCAUCCCCACAUGAUCCUGGAGCACGGGAACGAAAUCCUCGUGCCGGACCUCGGUGCGGACAAGAUUUGGAGGCUGCAAGAGGAUGAGAGCCCCGGCAAGUGGGCAAUCAAGGGACAGAUCCCGCAGCCGUCGGGCAGCGGCCCCCGCCACAUCGCAAUAUCUGAUGAAACGCUGUACACCCUGCACGAGUUGGCGUCGACGGUCACCGCCGAGCGCGUCCCCGCCCCACCGAAUGGCACGUCCAUCAUCACCUCUGACCUCUCCACCGUGCCCCCGAACAACCUCACCGGCGCUACCUGGCAAGCGGGCGAGAUCCUCAUCCCCAAGCCCAAUGCAAAAUUCCCGGCGUCCUACGUGUACGCCUCGAACCGCAACACCGGGACCACACUCGACCCGCGCGGCGACACCGUCGCGAUCUUCGCGACCUUCCCAAAGCUGAAGCUCGUCGCGCAGGUGUACACCGGCCUUGAGCAGAUCCGGGGCAUGCAGUUUGGCGGAGAGAACGACGAGUUCCUCAUUGCAAGUGGUGUGGUUGGCACAGGUGGCGUCGUCGUAUUCAAGAGGACAGAGGGUGGCACAAAUUUGGUGGAAGUUGUGAGGAACACCGAUAUCCCGAACAGGACGAGCUUCCUGUGGGGUAAAUGGUAAGUAGAUGACAUUUGAGCGUGAAGAGUAUGUCCCAUACCCUAUGCCUAUAAAAGGGCAUGCUUUCGAGUGAAACGAGAUGUUUGGCAUC